AUGAAACUGAUCUCUUGUGGAUAUGACAAUCUAAUUUUAGUUUUAGAAAAUAAUGAAUUAUAUACUCAAAAAACCAAUUGGAUUAUCAAAUAAAGGAUUAUCACAGUUGCUCAUGGAUACCGAUUAUGUUUUUUGACUGAUUAUUUAUUUGCUUUUUAACCUUAUAAUAAAGAAGAAUUGUGGAUAUUUGAUAAUGAUAAUAAAUAACGCCAAUUUUAAUGCUAAAAAAUUAUUCAUGUGAAGAGUGGAUGUGAAGAUUUUGGAACUUUUUUUCCUUAAUAGUUUAUUCCAAAUAAAAGAAUUUUCUUAUCAAAAAAUGGUAAUUAUGUUCAUUUGAUUAAAUUCCUUGAUUAAGAUGAUUUUUAAGUCAAAUAAUAGAUUGAUUUUGAAGAUUAAUGUAUUUAUGGAUAAUUAAGUACCAACGGAGAUUAUUUGGUAACUUGGGAUAAUAAAUCCAAUUUUAUUUAAGUCAGGAUGCUUCAAGAAUAAUAAUGA